UCGCAGAUCGCAGAAAAAUCUGCAAGAGCAAAAAGGACCCGCGCCACCGCGGACGGAGAGAUCGAGUUCGAGAGCGGAGAGGGUGAGGCGCUAGGUGCUCCGACCGGAGUUUUCUCGGGGUUCUAGAUGGCGGCGACGAACAGGAAGAUCGUGUUGAGGAACUACGUGACGGGGUUCCCCAAGGAGUCCGACAUGGAGCUCGUCGCGGCGGGCGGCGCGGCGCCGUCGAGGGUGCCCGAGGGCACGGACGGCGCCGUCCUCGUGAAGAACCUGUACCUGUCGUGCGACCCCUACAUGCGCGGCCGCAUGUCCAAGAGCGACGGCUCCUCUUACGUCCACGGUUUCGUCGUCGCCGAGCCUAUCACCGGCUAUGGCGUCGGCAAGGUGGUGGACUCGAGACACCCGGGAUUCAAAGCCGGCGACUACGUGUGGGGGAUGACGGGAUGGGAGGAGUACAGCCUCAUCAAGGAUCCCACGGGCCUCUUCACCAUCAGGCAUCCCGAGCUGCCGCUCUCCUACUACACCGGCCUCCUCGGCAUGGCCGGCUUAACGGCGUACUACGGGUUCCACGAGAUAUGCGCGCCCAAGGAAGGCGAGAGGGUGUUCGUCUCCGCGGCGUCCGGCGCCGUCGGCCAGCUCGUGGGGCAAUUCGCCAAGCUCAUGGGCUGCUACGUCGUCGGGAGCGCCGGCUCCGACGACAAGGUCACGUUGCUCAAGGAGAAGUUCGGCUUCGACGAGGCCUUCAACUACAAGAAGGAGAAGGACCUGAACCUGGCGCUGAAGAGGUGCUUCCCGGAGGGCAUCGACGUCUACUUCGAGAACGUCGGCGGCGCGAUGCUGGACGCCGUGCUGCUCAACAUGCGGGUGCGCGGCCGCGUCGCCGCGUGCGGGAUGAUCUCCCAGUACAACCUGGACCGGCCGGACCCCAUCCACAACCUGACGGCCAUCAUCACGAAGCGGCUCCGGAUCGAGGGGUUCAUCGUGAGCGACCACUACGACAAGUACAGGGAGUACGAGGAGAAGGUCGCGCGGUACGUGAAGGAGGGGAAGAUCGCGUACGUGGAGGACGUCACCGAAGGGCUCGAGAACGCGCCGGCGGCGCUCAUCGGCCUCUUCUCCGGCCGGAACGUCGGCAAGCAGGUGGUUGUCGUCGCCAAGGAGUAACCGCGCGCGAGUGUAGUUUUAUCCGUGUCAAACGCUGUGAACUAGGCCGCGUGGUUACACAUAGACCCCGUUCGUUCUCCUGGAAUAAUUCAGAUUCCCUCUUUUCGGGUGUGCACACGUGCCCGUUAAACGGCGUGUUUUUUAUUAAAAAAUCUCUAAAAAUUCAGAUUAAUCCAUUUCUCUAUUUGUAUAGUUAAUAAUUAAUUAAUCACGUACUAAUCUAUUAUCACGUUUUUCAUGCCUCCUGUGGAGCCAAACUCAGCUAUAGUAUAACAGGGUGUAUUCACAAUAUGGUUAUAUAGUAC